UAGCAAUGGCGCUAAGAUUGCGAUCUAGAAAUUUUUAAUCGCGAUAAGAUAUCUCUUCAUCCUCAGUUUCAAAGCAUCAUUCCCCCAUCAACCUCUCCAUCAGCGUACACCAAUUUUGCACAUUCGCCUUCGCGACUAAUUUACGUCAAGAUGAACGCUCAUGCGCUCCUCACCUCUCAAGGUUGGCGGGGUACCGGGCACUCUCUCCACCAUAGCUCCGACACGAUUGGACUCUCGCGGCCGCUGCUCGUCUCGAAAAAAGAUAAUGUAUUGGGAGUGGGGAAAAAGCAACACAAGACCUCUGAUAUGUGGUGGAUGAAUGCUUUUGAUGCGUCUCUCAAGGGAUUGGAUACAAGUAAGGAGGGGCAAAUUAAGGUGCAGGAAGGAGGUGGACUAGAAAUGGUGGUUAAGGGAGGGAGUAAGUGGGUUGGAGGGAAGGGAGGGUUGUAUAGUUUUGUGAGGGGUGAGACGGUUGGGGAACAAUUGAGGAUAAGGAGAAGGAGGUUGUGGAAAUAAGGAAAGAGAAAGAAAGGAGGGAAGGGAAGAGGAUAAGAAAAGGAGAGGAGAACGACAGAAGAAACAAAGUUCAAAUCAAAAGAUCGGAUACAAUCAACGUCAGAGAUCACAAAGAAGAAGAAGAAAUCGCGGAAGGAUAAAUAGAAGGUCUCGCCCUGUAUAUUCUACGUAUCGGCAUAACAAAAGGCGUUUUUGAGCAGGGAGUUUUGUGAUCACCAUAGUGACCCUGGCGUUCAAGAUAAUGUA